AAUUUGAUUGGAAGAUUCGCCUCCUAAUCUAGGAAGUGAAGCAUUCUGUAGUAGUGGGCUUAGGUGUUUACAAUGAAGGAUGCUGACAUCGAUGGCGAUGCCUAAUGUAAUAUGAUGAAUAUAAACGCGAACGAACGUCUAAAUUAAGACGAGGCGGUGGAACGGAGACUCCACCAUGCCCGGGGACGAAGUUCGACAAAGGAAAGGAGGAGGGCGCAAGAAGUCCAAGAAAGGCAAAGGAAAGGGACAGAGUGGCCUAGAUCGGACAAACAGUGUCGAUGGGCAAAAUGACCUGCUCUUACCCCCUCCUGCCACACCACCUAAGAAGCUUGUGGAAAAGCCCAAAACGACCCAGGCUAAAAUAGAUGAGGAGUCUGGCACCUCUAUCUGUCUGCAGGUGAUGUUCCCCUACCUGCUGGCUGGGAUGGGGAUGGUGAUGGCUGGCAUGGUACUGGACAGCGUGCAGCAUUGGGAUGUGUUUAAGGUGAUCACAGAAGUCUUCAUACUGGUACCUGCUCUUGUCGGGCUGAAGGGAAACCUGGAGAUGACUCUUGCAUCUCGUCUCUCUACUGCUGCAAACACUGGGCAAAUGGAUGACCCAAAACAGAAAUGGAUAAUGGUUACCUGUAAUCUUGCCCUUAUUCAGGUUCAGGCCACUGUUGUGGGAUUUCUGGCAGCUCUGGCGGCUGUGGCAAUGGGUGCUGUGUCCAGAGGAGGUGUAGAGCUGGACCAGGCAGCUGUGCUUUGUGCCAGCAGCGUCACCACUGCGUUUGUGGCUGCGCUGUCUUUAGGUCUGGUGAUGAUUGGUGUGAUCAUUGGUUCCAGGAAGGUGGGCAUCAACCCUGAUAAUGUGGCCACACCGAUAGCAGCGAGUCUGGGUGAUCUCAUCACACUCAGUCUGCUGGCUGGGGUGAGCAACACACUGUUUCAAUACAAAGAUGUCUGGUAUUUGUCCCCAUUGGUGUGUGGAUUUUUUCUUCUGCUCAUCCCACUGUGGGUGAUCAUCGCUAGACGAAGUCCACAGAUCAAAGAGAUCCUGAAAUCCGGCUGGCAGCCUGUUAUAGUGGCCAUGUCCAUCAGCAGCUUCGGUGGUCUCAUUCUUGAUAAGACUGUGAGCGAUCCGAACUUCGAGGGAAUGGCGGUCUUCACACCUGUUAUUAAUGGUGUAGGAGGAAAUCUGGUGGCCAUCCAAGCCAGUCGAAUUUCCACCUAUCUUCAUUUCUGGAGCAUACCUGGAGUUUUGCCCUAUAAGAUGAGACAGCACUGGCCAAACCCCUGCGUCACAUUUUGCUCCUCAGGAGUAAACUCUAAAUCAGCCCGGGUGCUGUUUUUGCUGGUGGUGCCUGGUCAUCUCUUAUUUCUCUUUGCCAUUAAUAUGCUUCAAGGAGGUCACACUGCCAUCACUCCUGUAUUUAUCUGCUGUUACCUGAUUGCUGCCCUGCUUCAGGUCGGGAUCCUUAUUUAUACAGCUGACUUAAUUGUGCGUUUAAUGUGGAGGAAAGGACUGGACCCGGAUAACUUCUCCAUCCCAUACCUCACUGCACUGGGAGAUCUGUUGGGUACUGGUUUCCUCGCCCUGUGUUUCCGUCUGGUCAUGUUAGUGGAGGGACUCGGUCUGUAAGGCUCUGGCUACCUCCAUCCCUUUGGACCCUUGUUGUGGCCCAGGCUGGCUACAGUGGCUUUGAAGAAACUUGGGAAGUGAAGUUUGGUAUGGACAUUGCUUCUACGCUAACAGGAUGGGUUGACUGGAAACUGACAGAAAGCACUACAUACAGUAACACUACACUUGAUCUGUAGUUGUGUUGUACCGCUGCCUGUAUGCAGCUUUCAAGCCAACUGUAUAUUAAAAGGAUAGUUUUGCCAAAAAUGAAAAUUCUGUUUUCAUUUACUCAACCAAAAGUUGUUACAAAUUUGGAUAUUUUUUUUUGUUCUGCUCAACACAAAUAUAUUUGUGAUAUUUGUAAGUGUAGCGCAGUGGUAGAGCAUUGUGUUUGCAGCGCAAAAGUUCAUGGGUAUCAACCCAGGGAACACACAUACUGUUAAAACACUGUCUACCUUGUAAUGCACAAUAUAUCGCUUUGGAAAAAAAGCAUCUGCCAAAUGCAUAAAUAUAAAUAUAAUAUAUAAUCAAGCAGGACCAUUAAAGGAACAGUAUGUAGGAUUGUGGCCAAAACUGGUACUGCAAUCACAAAACUUGUGGCUAAAACUGGUACUGCAAUCACACAACUGGUGGCCAAUACAAAAUAUGACAACAUAAACAUCAGUUGAGGGCUGCAACUCCACAUUUUAAAUGACAAUAUCCUGGCCGGACACUGUUGUCAGUGAUAUAAUUAUUUGAAAUUAAUAUGAUUUCUUAAUGUCUAGUGACAUAUCAGGGCCAUUUUAUGAUUAAUUUAUAUAAAUUUCUUACAUUCUGUUCCUUUAACUAAAUGAUGGUAAAGAUAUUUGUGAUUGUACCCAUGGAUGGUACCCAUUGAAUUCCAUUGUAUUUGUUUUCCUACUAUGGGAGUCAAUGGCUACAAUCAGCUGUGUGCUUAUCAUCAUUUAUCAAAAUAUCUUUGUGUUCAUCAGAAAAAGAAAUUCAUACAUGUUUAAAACAACAUAAGGGGGAGAAAAUUACAUUUUUUUCAUUUUUGAGGAACUAUCCUUUUAAGAUAAACUUAAGAGCAUCCAAGUGUACUGAGCCAAUUUGAUUUAAUACAAUAAAAAAUUUAGUAUACAUUCUCAAGUGCACUAAAGUACGACUGAAGGAGAACUAUACAUUUAAUUAGCAUAUUUGUAUUGUAUAACCUAAAACUAUUAUUUAACACAAAAUAACAAGUGUACUUGCGCUUUAAGUGCUGCAGACAGGCGCUAUACAGUAUAAAUGUAACAAAUUAUUAAGUAUAUUUUAGUACAUUAAAGUAUACUUUAUUUUUUCCUGGGUGGAACAAGUUAAAGUUGAGUAAAUGUUGACAGAAUUAUUUUUUUUGGGUGAACUAUCCCUUUGGGGCGGUUUCAUGGACAGGGAUUAGACAAGUCCUAGACUAAAAUAAAUGUAAGAGCUGUCCAAACUGAAAACAACUUGCACUGACAUAUCUUAAUAAACAUCAGUAACCUUUGUUUUGCCUCAAAAUG